CGGGUCAGUGCGGCAAAGGAGACAAAUGUAAGUUCAGUCACGACGUGUCCGUCGAACGCAAGAGCGAGAAGAAGAACAUGUAUGAAGACAACCGACAGGAGGACACUAUGGAGGACUGGGACGAAGAAAAGCUCAAAGAAGUGGUCGAUAAGAAACACGGAGAGAGGGAAAGGAAAGGCAUGCCUACCACUGAUAUCAUAUGCAAACAUUUCAUCGAUGCUUUGGAAUCGAAUAAAUACGGCUGGUUUUGGGACUGUCCUAACGGUGGAGACAAAUGUCAUUACAGACACUGUCUUCCGCCCGGAUUUGUGUUGAAUAAGGACCGCAAGAAGAAGGACAAGAAGGACGACAUUACUAUUGAAGAAUUGGUUGAAAUCGAAAGGGCGAAACUCGGCUACCAUUUAACUAAAAUAACUCUACAAUUAUUUCUCGAAUGGAAGCGAAAGAAAUUGGCAGAAAAGGCAGACAGGGAUCAGAAGGAGACGGACCGCAAAAAGGCUGAAUUCAAAGCCGGCAAAAAUGUCGGUCUCAGUGGACGCGAAAUGUUUACAUUUAAUCCCGAUUUAGCCAUUGAUGAGGAUAUGGAAGACGGAGAGACGGCUUAUAUGGACUACGAUAGUGAGGACGACGACGACGACGAAGAACGAGGCAUUGUCUACAAAGAAAUUACUUUAGAAGCCCUUAUGGCCGAAGCGAAGGCUGCCGACGGAACCGGAACUCAAAUCGACAAAAGAGAGUUUAAUAUACCUAUUGAUGACACGCAGGCCAUAGCGGCGACGGGCGGUACCGAAGACACAAUAGAGAGUCCACCUAUCGAUGAAACACUGUUUGAAGACGACUUCGACGAUUUGGAUGACUUGCAUGAAGAACUGGAUUCAGUUUCAUUAGACAAGUGAUCAAAAAUGUUUUUUAUUAAAUUGUUUUUAAGAAGUUAUCAUAAAAAA